AUGUUGAUAUCUCGAGCGCCCACGCAUCAAGUGGACCUCACAAUCGAGGAACGAUAUUUCCUAGACUUUUUUCGAAGAAGCACCUCUUUUCAAUGCGCGGGUUACUUUUACGAUGAGUUUUGGCAACGGCUGGUCCACCAGGCCAGCGAGGACCAGCCCGCCAUUCGCCAUGCUGUGAUCGGCAUGGGCUCUAUGAACUAUCAUUUCGUCCGGUCAAAUGCCGGCCCUGGUCCCUACAGUCAAGCCUUUUCUCUACGUCAAAUCAACAAAGCCAUCGAAUCUCUGCAAGAAAAUUUAAUCAAACCUGACAUGGGUCGGUUACGCGUCGAAACUGUUCUGGUUGCAUGUGUCGUGCUGGUUUCGACCCUGCUUUUCCAAGAAGAUGCAGUCGCAGCUGGUACGCAUCUCCGAUCUGGUUUUAAACUAUUGGAACAGUACUUGCUCGAGCACGGAGCCGCAAGCGAUGUCGCCGGUACACUCACCAGGGCUUUUGGUGGAGUCCACAUGGUCUGGUCUUCCUUCAACAGCAAUGGGGCUCUAACUGGUGACCAAAAGCUGAUCCCUCUCAUUAUUGCUCCACCCGAUAAUGCAAUGGAUGAGAUCCAGCGCGCCAAUGAUAUGAUCGUCACGUUUGUACGGGUUCUCUCGUAUCAAAAUAUCCAUCACGCAUCCGCCAUCGAAGAUAGCUCAUCACUUGCUGCGGAUCCAGUUGCAUGCAUUGGGGAUCCGGCUGAAUUUGUGGGUAAAAUUUUAGCGGUGCAGGCUGAGCUCACAGUAUACCGCGAACUCCAUCAACAUCAUCUGGCGCAGCGGGACUUGAACGCAUUAAACGUCCUUCAGGUUUGGGGCUCAAUGCUUCCCAUCAUAGGCGAGGUUGAAUCCGGGCCAGGACCAAGAGAGAUGCAAUACGAUAAAUAUUUGGAACACUACAAAGUUGCCAUUGCCAUGGCCGAAUCAGUCUUGAUGUCCGACAAUAUCGAAGCACCCUCAUUCUCCGUUAACUUGGGCGUGAUCCCUCCCCUGAGUCUUAUCGCUCUGAAAUGUCGGGACUGGACUACUCGAAGCCAGCUGAUUGCGCUCUUGCGUCGCUCCCGGCGACAGGAGGGAAUCUGGUCCACGAACAUCUUCGCUCGUGUGGCGCAGCGGGCUUUCGAUAUUGAGGCCGCCGGGCUUUACCCGGGUGAGCAUGUUCCCAACGAGGCUCGUAUCAGAGCCAUUCAUGUUGAAGUGAAGCCCGCGCAAUCUAAACUGCAUGUUCAGUAUCAUAUGUCUCGCGUGUGCCAUGAUAAUUGCCGACAUCUUACGGAUUGGCACAGCGAAUGGAUCAAGUAUAGAUUUGACUGA